CCGCGCACUGCGUCGACUGCGCGGAUCCCAAAACGAGCUUUUUCUGCAACAGCUGAUUCAGGUCGCCAUUUUUUUUUUCGUCACGAACAUAAACAACCAUCAGUCGCGUCGGGCAUUUGGAUGUAUCGCUGUUUGGAAGAAAGCGACGACAGCCUCCCCCCCCCCCCCUCUCCUCCUCCUCCUCCUCCUCCUCGCUGCAGAGCCUCCUUUCCUCGUUCAACCCGAAAAGAUGGCGAUUGAUUUGGUCACCUGAGCCUCCGCGUCGGUCGGAGAUGGGAAUCCAGGGUGGGUUUCCUCACCGGGAGGGAGCGGAGGUUUAAAGAGGCGGGCGGGGAGGGCAGGAAAGGGGGCCUUUGCUGCCCGUCGGUCCCUGAGGAGAUGGACCAAGAGUACGAGAGACGGCUGCUGAGGCAAAUCAACCACCAGAACCUGCCGACAGAGGCCCGCCUGUCAAAGUGUGGAAGUGCUACUUGCAGUCCCGUGAGCAUUAGGUCAGGGGACCGCUUCAUUCCCACACGAGCCGGAAGCAACUGGAGCAUCAACUUCCACUACGCUAAUGAGAACUGCCGCUCCCCAAAUCAGACCCAUAAAGUAAAGGAUGCCACUUCGGAUUCAAGCAAAGAUGCUGUGGCAUACGCUGCUCUUUUGAGGAAUGAGUUACUGGGGGCGGGGAUAGAGAGCGUGCCAGACACUCACACUGACGACCGGCGUCCCUCUGUCCGCUCUCAAGACUCUCACAGCCUUUUUAGGUACGCUGUCCACACUAAGAGAGUGCCUUUCGAUAGCGAUAAUGAAGUCUCCCCUUACUCCCUUUCUCCGCUUAGUAACAAGAGCCACAAGCUGCUCCGGUCCCCUCGCAAACCACCGCGUAAGAUCUCCAAGAUCCCCUUCAAAGUGCUGGAUGCUCCGGAGCUGCAGGAUGACUUCUACCUCAACCUGGUAGACUGGUCAGCGGGCAACUUGCUCAGUGUGGGUCUGGGAGCCUGCGUCUACCUGUGGAGUGCCUGCACCAGCCAGGUGACGAGGUUAUGUGACCUUUCCGUGGAUGGAGACUCGGUUACGUCAGUUUGCUGGAAUGAGCGGGGGAGUCUUGUUGCUGUCGGAACCCAUAAGGGUUACGUUCAGAUCUGGGACGCAGCAGGAGGGAGGAAGCUUACCAGCCUGGAGGGUCACUCAGCACGUGUAGGUGCCCUGGCAUGGAACGGCGAGCAGCUGUCGUCGGGGAGUCGGGACAGAGUGAUCUUACAGCGGGAUGUCAGGACCUCCCCAUCAGCUGAGCGCAGGCUGCAGGGUCACAGGCAAGAAGUGUGCGGUCUCAAAUGGUCCCCCGACCACCAGCACUUGGCGUCCGGAGGCAACGACAACAAGCUGUUGGUGUGGAACAGCUCCAGCCUUCUCCCCGUGCAGCAGUACAGCGACCACCUGGCGGCAGUGAAGGCCAUCGCCUGGUCCCCCCACCAACACGGGCUGCUGGCGUCGGGGGGCGGCACCGCCGACCGCUGCCUGCGCUUCUGGAACACUCUGACGGGUCAGGCGCUGCAGAGCACGGACACUGGCUCGCAGGUCUGCAACCUGGCGUGGUCCAAACACGCCAACGAGCUGGUGAGCACUCACGGCUACUCUCAGAACCAGGUCCUGGUGUGGAAGUAUCCGUCACUAACACAGGUGGCCAAGUUGACUGGACACUCUUACAGAGUGCUGUACCUGGCUGUGUCACCGGAUGGGGAGGCCAUCGUUACAGGAGCCGGGGACGAGACGCUACGUUUCUGGAACGUCUUCAGUAAGACACGCUGCACCAAGGAAUCAAAGUCAGUGCUGAACCUCUUCACAAGAAUACGAUAGUGAACAGACCCGGUUUGGACUCCAGAACUGUGGGUGAAAUGCAGAGUCAGCGGCACUUAUAGACUAUCGCUGAGAGUUCUCUCUCAUCUCGGUGCACCAACCACCAAUAGGGCCGUCCGAGUUUUCUACUGAGGAUGCAAUCCCAACUUCCAACAACUGCCAUCCCUCACAGUGAAGUCACUGAUUAAAAAACAAAAAAACAAGCAGUCUAUUGUCAGGACAUAUUGUCUGCUUAAAGUCAUCAUUGAUAUCUUUUUCUGUUGUGUAAGUGAUGUAUAUAUAUUAGCGGAAGUAUACAUGUCAUAAGCUAUGUAAGAUAAUAAUGUCAAAGAAGAUGAGGAGGACUGGUGGAGGAGGGGGGGGGGUCUAUAUUUUGAUAAUGUGUCGAUAUGAUCUUCAAACAGCAUACAAGGGAAGAGAAAUAAUAAAUAAGUGAAUACGCACACAGUUGAUCAUG